CGGGGAGGUCUCUGCGUGCCCAGCCCGUGCCGGAGACGCGUCCACACUGCUAGCUGCAUAGUCUCUGGGCGAUUUCCCCUCUGGCCAUUCCCUGCCGUAGAAGACAGCCUUGGACACCUGCUGCUCCCCUCUCCAGCCGGAUUCCAGGAUCCCUGCCCUCUGAGCCAACAUCUGGAUCCUGCCCUCGAAACUAGCCCUCGCUCCUUCCCUAGUGGGCUGGUGUCUCCCUCGGGGGCCCUCGUCCUGGGCCAUGGCCCAGAGGGCGGGCCUUGGGCCUGGGCAGCUGGAGGCUGUAGCCAUUCUGCUCUUUCUUGGAUUAUUCCGGUCAGGGAUGGGAGCUGAUGGGACCGAAGCCCUCUGCGGUGUGAUCCCCCAAGCACGCAUCACAGGUGGCAGCAGUGCAGCCCCUGGUCAGUGGCCCUGGCAGGUCAGCAUCACCUACGAAGGCAUCCACGUGUGUGGUGGCUCUCUUGUGUCUGAGCAGUGGGUGCUGUCGGCUGCUCACUGCUUCCCCAGGGAGCACCGCAAGGAAGACUACGAGGUAAAGCUGGGGGCCGACCAGCUGGACUCCUACUCCGCCAACACUGAGGUCCGCACUGUGGCACAGGUCAUCUCCCACCCCAGCUACCGUGAGGAGGGCUCCCAGGGCGACAUUGCGCUCCUCCGCCUCAAUAUCCCCAUCACCUUCUCCCGCCACAUCCGGCCCAUCUGUCUCCCUGCAGCCAACGCCUCCUUCCCCAACGGCCUCCAUUGUACUGUCACUGGAUGGGGCUAUGUGGCCCCUUCAGUUAGCCUCCUGACCCCUAGACCACUGCAGCAACUUGAGGUGCCACUGAUCAGUCGUGAGACAUGUAACUGCCUGUACAACAUCAAUGCCAAGCCUGAGGAGCCCCACUUUAUCCAGCAGGACAUGGUGUGUGCUGGAUUUGUGAAGGGGGGCAAGGAUGCCUGCCAGGGUGACUCUGGGGGCCCACUCUCCUGCCCUGUAGGGGGCCUCUGGUACCUGGCGGGCAUUGUGAGCUGGGGCGAUGCCUGUGGAGCUCCCAACAGGCCUGGUGUAUACACUCUGACCUCCAGCUAUGCCUCCUGGAUCCACUUCCAUGUGGCAGAACUCCAGCCUCGUGUGGUGCCCCAUAUCCAAGAGUCCCAGCCUGAUGGCAAUCUCUGUAGUGGCUAUCUGACCUUCAACUCUGCCCAAGCCCAGGGCUUGCUGGGGCUCAGCCUUCUCCUGCCACUGGGCCUGACCCUGAGCCUCUUCUGCCCAUGGCAUGAGCACUGAGCUACUCACCAGGAGCUGAGUCUGCU